AUGGCCGAACAACCCGAACCAACCGGUCUUAUCGCCAAGAGCGGUAUUGAGCUUUUAACCUUUACUACACCCAAUGGCCUAAAAAUUAGCAUCCUACUUGAAGAGCUAAAAGAAGCAUACGGCAAAGAGUAUACUUGGCAAUCCGUCAACAUCCUUAAAAACACGCAAAAGCAGCCUUGGUUUACCGCGAUAAAUCCCAAUGGUAAAAUCCCGGCUAUCGUCGACCAUGACCGGGGCGGCUUUGCCGUGUUCGAGGGUCUCGCCAUCUUGAACUACCUGACGCGCCAUUACGACCCGGAGCAUAAGUUUAGCUUCCCCGUCGACAGUGACGAUUACAGCGUCUGUGAACAGUGGAUGGCUUGGCAGCACGGCGGAGUCGGCCCCAUGCAAGGCCAAGCAAACCACUUCUUCCGCUUCGCUAAAGAAAAGAUCCCGUACGCAGUCCAGCGCUACAUCGGCGAGACUGAGCGUCUCUACGGCGUCCUAAACAAGCGUCUCGAGGGGCGGGACUUCAUCGUGGGUGCAGGCAAGGGCAAAUUCAGCAUCGCGGACAUCAACCUAUUAGGUUGGGUCAACGGCGCGCUCUUCACGGGGAUCGACACCUCUCCAUUCCCUAACAUCGAGAAGUGGAUCGAUAGGUGCAUGGCGCGCCCUGCGGUUCAAAGGGGGUACGCGAUCCCGAGCAAGUUGCCUAUUACUAACGAGGAUGUGAAGAAGAAGAGGGAGGAGGAUCCGCAGGCUAAGAGGGAGCAUGAGGAGUCGUUGAAGUUUUUGAAUGAGGCUAAGGAGAAGUAUGGGUAUAAGUACUCUUCGCCGUAG